CUUCCGAAGCCGGUCCCUCUACAUGAGGAAAAGCCUUUCAGUAGACAACCACCUGGGCUCCCUCGGCUACUCUAUCCAUCCCGCUGAAACCAAGACGGAGCCGGUCAAAAUGAAACUUCGGAGGCAGUUUAGCCUUGGAUCAGCAGACAAGAAGGACUUGUACCCAUCAAAGUCUGAGAGCAGCCUCUCUAAGUUCACACACCGAUUAUCAGUUAAGCAGAAGCAGGAGAAGAGGAGGAAAGCUGAGUAUGGCUCGGCUGAGCGGCCUGCCUACCGUACCAGGUCUCUGAGCAUUGAAUGGUCUUCCUCGCCUAAAAUGACCCAGCAGAUGAGAGACCUACAGCUCACCCAGUCGAGGAAGCAGCCGGGGCCCUCCUCUCCCAAUGCCGCCAAGAGGCUGUACCGGAACCUGUCUGGGAAAUUCCGGGUCAACUACAUGUCCUUCGAUGAGGGGACCUUCGCGGGGAGGAGCGAGAAGGAGAAGCUACGCAAGUCCUACCUCUUUCAAGGCAAUGCCGCCCUCUUCGAGGCCGUCGAGCUGCAGGACCUCGAGAAAGUGCAGGAGCUGCUCAAGCAGUACAGCCUGGAGGAGCUAGACCUGAACACCCCCAACAGCGAGGGGCUCCUGCCCCUGGACAUCGCCAUCAUGACCAACAACGCCCCCGUCGCUAGGACGCUGCUGCUGGCCGGGGCCAAGGAGAGCCCUCACUUUGUGAGUCUGGAGAGCCGGGCUUUGCACCUGUCGACGCUGGUCCGGGAGGCCGAGCAGCGGGUGAACGAUCUCACCGCGCAGGUGGUGAACGAGGUGCCCAACGCGGACUGCUCGGAGAAGGAGAAGCUGCUGAAGUCCUGGGAGUGGCGCUAUCGGCUUUACAAGCGCAUGAACGCCGGCUUUGAGCAUGCCCGGGUUCCGGAUCCACCCACGAAUGUUCACCUAUCAGUGGCCAGUAGCACUUCUGUGGAAGUCGUCUUCCAGGAGCCUCUAAGCGUCAACUCGGCUGUGGUCACCAAAUACAAAGUCGAGUGGAGCUGCUCCCCCGCCUUCUCCCCGCCACUGGGCGAGCUGGUGACCGACAAGUUGAAAGACCUCCGUGUCACCAUCCGGGGCCUCAUCUCGGGUACUGCUUACUAUGUCCGAGUUUCUGCCUACAACAUGAAGGGCUGGGGACCUCCUCAGACGUCGACACCACCCUGUGCUAUUCCCUCAAACUGGAGGGAGUACGACGGGCGGGCGCCGCGGCGGAGGGGACAGGCCGAAGCGUUGGACCACCUGCUAACCCAGGUGAAGACCGCCCACCAGCACUGUGUGUGCCACGAGCCCUGCAAGAAUCAGCCACAGAGCAGGAAGCAUUCGGUCUCCAAGAGCCUGAAGUAUCUCUUCCAUCCUGGGAGCAAAUUCUUAAAGACACUGAAAAGGGGUCUCUACCUGGCAUCCAUAUUCUACAAGGAUGACAACGUUCUGGUGACGCAUGAGGACCAGAUCCCCGUGGUGGAGAUAGACGACUCCUACUCUUGCCUGCUCAUGCAGGACUACCUGUGGUUCACCAAGGUCUCUUGCAUGUGGGACGAAAUCCUCUGGCUGCGCCAGUGCGUCACCGUUUCCCAAUCGUCCUGCUCCUGUAUCCUGCAAACACGCUUCAAGAUGCUGCUGGCCAUCUCACAGAUGCAGGGCCUGCUGGGCAUCCAGGACCUGGGGCAGGUCUUUUUCGAGCCCAUCAAGGACAAGCAGGGCAACAUUCUGGUGGUGACCUUGAAGGAGGUGAAGUCCAACCAGACCUUCGAGAGCGUCCGCUGGAUCCCCCUUUCCAAGCUGCAGACGAGCCGCAAGUCCGUCUCCUCUCCGGAAGAGCCCACCGCUCUGGACAUGCUGCUGGUGACCAUGCAGGAGAAGCUGGCUUACCACCAGAAGAGCAGCCAAGCUCUCCCCCCUGGCCUCUACUUGGGUUAUCUGAAGCUCUGCAGUGCCGUGGACCAGAUCCGCGUGCUGGUGCCCGAACGCUUACCUAACAUCCUGUGCCACGUGAAGAUACGGAGCAACCCAAACAUCUCCAGGGAGGAGUGGGAGUGGCUGCAGAACCUGGCCGAGAUGGAGGAGCCCCUUCCCCCGGAACAGGAUCUCGAGACCACCUCCCAGAACCUCUUGCUCCAGGAGCUCCGAGGGGCGGUCAGAGAGCUGAUGCAGCUGCUGAACAUCCCCUUGCAUGAGGCCAAGGAUUUCCGUCUGUACAGUCAGGAAGUGCUGGACUUUGGAGGGCAGGUCUCCUUUCUCUUGCUGCUGCCUCCCUCGGACGACGUGUGCACCGCUCCUGGUCAGAACAACCCUUACACCCCUCGGUCCGGCUUUUUCACACUCCCCCUUCAGAUCUUUGAGCUAGUGCAUUUUUUCACUUACGACCGCGAGUUCAUUACUCAGUACUGCCAGGUGUCUGCCCUACUGGAGCUGGAGUCCCUUCUCUCCCAGCAGAGCCUCAGGGAGGCUUUCUCCGACUCAGAGCUGACCACCGCCAAGCAGAGGCAUCAGCAGGUUCAGGACUAUAUACAGCAAAUGGAGGAGAUAUGGCGGGAGAUGCGCUGGAUGAUGGACGCCCUGCAGCAUGCCCGGUACAAGCAGCCGUCGGGGGGCAUCCCGCUCGUGUGGUUCCUCGAGGAGUCUGCCAUGGCGCUGAAGGAGAAAACUCAGUCGACCUCUUCUCACUUGGACUUCCUUCCCUCGCCGACCCCAUCUCCCGAGACCAGCCGCAAGCUCAACUCGGAUUCACAUGGGAUAUCGGAUGAGGAGGGCUCGUCGGAGGUGUUUUUGGCCACGGACAGCGACUACGACUCCAGCAGGGCUCAAAGCCCCAGGGAGCUGGACCUUGUGUACUCCUCUUCGGGGCCCGAAUUCUGCCACAGAAGAAACCCCCGCCCUUUGAGGGACAGCGCCCCCGACGUCCUACAGAGCCACGAGCUGAAAACGGCCCCGAUCCUGGCAGAGGAGCCGCGGCCUCCCCCCGAGCUCUACGACAGUGACUUCGUGCUUCCCAGCCGGCAAAUCGAGCUGCUGCGCAUCACGGAGAAGCGGCAGGCGUACUGCGUCCGCACCAGCAGCCUGGAUUUCCCCAAGCCCCUUUGCCACGGGGCCAGGAAGUCCUGCCCUGGUUCGGUCGACAGCUCCCCGACGGAAAGCAGGACUGCGGGCCGAUGCAGCCCGGUCAGAUUCGGGACAGGCUCGGCCUUCAGCCCCAAGCACGGCUGGCCCUCGGAGAGCUUUGAGCCUGUCUUUCGGGCACGCUCGGUGGAGUGGACUCGUACCUUCCAAGAGGUACCUGAGCCGGGGCACGUAGUGAACCGGGGCAAG